CAUUGGAAUAAGAAACAACCGAGAUUGAGUAGCAACGAACAGGUGUUGAAAAGUAACUGUUUGUGGAAUAUUUAAUUCUAAUUUACAGACACUUUUUUAUUUAGUACAGAAGAAUCAAAGUGUAUUUUUUUUUGCGUUCGAUUCGAUUAAAAAAAAUAUUGUUAUUUAAUUGAAUCAUUCUGGCGUUUAAUUUUUACAAAAUAAGAUGGCAAUAUUGGAAGAAGAUAUAUCUUUCAUAUGCCUCGUAAAUACUGUUUAAUAACUAACUCAGAAGUAGUGUGAGACAAAAUGUCAGCUGACAUUAGUUUGUUCGAUUUGGUGAACCUGUCGAUCGGGACACCUGAAGUUGGAGCUGUCAACUUUAAUGCGUUGCAUACCCUCCUCCACGCUAUCCUGGGACACCUGAAAAUCCAAAAUGUGACCACCGGCUGGAGAGAGCAGGAUGCCCCGCCACAGGAGCCCCAUGGCCCGCAUCUGACCAAGUCCUCUAGCCCGUACCAUCACAUGGAAGAGAAACUUCGGCAGAUCGAGAGACAGAUGGCCGCGCUGGAGAAGCUUCCUAGCGGUACGGAUCUUCUGAGCCGCACUGCCUCAACCACAACACCGGUCAACGACUUGUGGCAGCUGAUGCAGCUCCGCCGCAAGGCUCAGGCGAGUGAGGACGGCGUGUCCAAGUCUAUGUCGCUGAUCCAGGAUCUGCUGAAGGAGAUCCAGGACCUGAAGGAGUCCAGAGACGACCUGAAGAAAGAGGUCAAGAGCCUCCAGAACCAAUUUAACCAGCUGAAUAUGAGUGAGCUGGUUGACAGAAUCAACGAAGUGGAACAGUACUGCCACCGUCUGGACAACCUGGACUCUGCCACCAAAGAGCUGCAGGACAGAGUUGGGCGUUACCCAGACCCAGACGAGCUCAUCCAGUGUGUGACCUGGGACAUCAUGCAGACCACCUUGGUUAGCGAGCAACAGAAUCUGCAAAAGGAAAUCAAGCACUCAGUCCCUGUCCCCACAUCAGUUGUCAUGACCACCAUGACUCCUUUCAGCGUCUCUGCCAAUGCCAAUACUGGAGCUGCUGCCUUCACUCCUGGCACUGUCACUGCCAGCCAGCAUGGGGGGGCGCUGCCCCAGCAGUCCCUCUCUGAUGCAGCUGCUGCCUUCACUCCUGGCACUGUCACUGUCAGCCAGCAUGGGGGGGUGCUGCCCCAGCAGUCCCUCUCUGAUGCAGCUGCUGCCUUCACUCCUGGCACUGUAACUGUCAGCCAGCAUGGGGGGGCGCUGCCCCAGCAGUACCUCUCUGAUGCAGCUGCUGCCUUCACUCCUGGCACUUUAACUGUCAGCCAGCAUGGGGGGGUGCUGCCCCAGCAGUCCCUCUCUGAUGGAGCUGCUGCCUUCACUCCUGGCACUGUCACUGUCAGCCAGCAUGGGGGGGCGCUGCCCCAGCAGUCCCUCUCUGAUGGAGCUCUGAUGGUGGGCAGCAAACCCCUGUCUCGUGUGGCCAGCGGGGCAGAGCGUUACCCAGAGACAGUGGAGGCCCUGAGGGACGUGGGCAGGCUCAGGGAGAGACACAACACCCUGGAGACCAGAGUAGAGCUGCUGGAAGCAGGCAAGGCUGACCAGGCCCAGCUCCAGCACCUCCGGGAGCUCCUACCUGACAUGGGGGACAGGGAUGUGCCUGACAAUCUGUUGGAUCAACUGACUCAUCUGAGAGUUCUGGUUGACAGCCUGAUGGGUGACAGAGCCAAGAGCUCGGAGCUGAUGAAUGACGUUCAGGGAGCCAUCAUGCAGCUGCAGGCUGAGUGUGAGAAGCUCCACGGCACAGCCAACCACCUGAUUGAGGAGCACGGCCAGAAACAGGUCCACAUCGACCAUCUGUACAAGUCCAUGGAAGAACUGGACGAGAAGAAAGCUGACAAAGAGCUUGUGGAGAUGGAGAUUGAAAUCAAAGCAGACAAGCGUGCCCUGGAGACCAAGGUGAGCCGCAUGCAGUUUGACUCCAUGACAGAGGAGCUCAACACCAUGUUCCAGGAGCUGCUCAGCAAGAUCACCGGCCAGGAGCAGGACUGGCACAAAAUUGUCGACAAAAUCUCCACCGAGAUGGAGUGCAAGCUGGACCGGAUUGAGCUGGAUCCUGUGAAGAAGCAGCUGGAGGACCGCUGGAAGAGCAUCCGUAAGCAGCUGCAGGCCCAGCCUGCCCCAAAGGAGGACGACGCUGCAGGCAUUAGGAAACAACUUGUGGCAAGGUUCCACUGCAUCUCCUGCGACCGCCCAGUCGAUAUGCUUACCCCAGGACCGCAUUUGGUCACCCUGCCCUCCACUCCUGGCCUACCCUCCCACAAGUCCAACCGACCGUACACCAUCUAUGAGCUUGAGCAGGUUCGCCAGCAUUGCAGAAGCGAGCGCAUCCCUGAGAUGGCGGACUACAGUUACCUGGCCAUGUCCCGGAGCUGUGGAGGCAGCCACACCGUGACCUACCCCAACCGCCGCUACACCCGCCUGCAGCAAUUCAGCCACUUCAUCCAGGCUGAGGAGGAGACACCGCCCAUCUCCAGCUCCCCACUGCGCAUUCAGCCGGAGGAGGUGGACAUCCUGGGAUUGGACGGACAUAUCUACAAGGGCCGCCUGAAAAACAGAUCGGUCAAGACUGUGGAUGCCAGACUACCCACCAUCUUUCCUAAAGACGCAGGCAUGUGCAAGAGCAAAGACAAGAUCAUGCGCUCCCAGUUCCAGAAGCCUGGCUGCACAGAGCCGGGCUGUGUGACCCCUGUGCGACCCCAGAGUGCCAAAACCCAGCGCAGCCGCUCAGCCUCAGGCAGCUCUGUGCGAGACCGGCCCAUGUCUUCUUUAGGCUGCCUGUCCCAGGCUACCCUUCCCCAGAGCUCGUCCCAUGCUGACACCACCAGCGAGCUGCUGCAGCAAGAUCUGGAGCUUCACGUGGACCUGAGCCAGUCUGAGGUCGAGCCCGUCAUCAUCCUGUAGGGGGCGAUGAAGAGCCCCACACACCUUAUUUUAAUAAACCGUUUACAGCAGCACCAGGAGGGUAUCCUGGUCUCCAUUUUGUAAUGGAGCAUACAGACGUUGUGAAAAUCAAGUCUGAUAUUAGUCAGUUAGGUUAUUUAUGGAUGGUAAUGGAAGAACACAAUUCUAGGACCUAUGAACACUGUUUCAAUGCAACAAAAUAGCUGAGUCACAAAAUAGCUGAGUCACAUUUCCAAGGUGUAGCUUUACAGGUCAAAUACCUUACGUGUGGCUUCAUUACGAUUUUGGUUUAUGAUGCCUGAUUUUCAAUGACCUUCAUAGAGAAGCUUUCAGGCAGGUGACCUCAAAUACCAGACUGUUUGGAUGCAGAACAAUACCACCAUGGAGCAAUUCGUUUGACAUAUAGGGUCUUAUAGAGCAGUAUCAUUAAGGGCUUGAAAUGUCUUCCCUCUCACAGACCCAGUUUCUGUAACGUCUGAUUCAUUGUGUAUUAGUGUCUCAAGUUGUUUCAUCACAUGUUAAGAGGAAAGCGUGCUGUCAUUACCACAAAAAUGUACCCCUGUCGUGGACUCAUAACAAUGGUAGCCAGCCACCUGCAUCUAUUGGGGAAGCAAAGCAGCCAGGGUUGUAAAAUCGGCCCAGAUGGCAUUCCCUUCGAAUGUCACCGUGCCUGUGUCCAGUUACAGCAGUCUCCUGGUGUCUGUGUGUUUUAAACAAGGGUGUUCGCUAUGUGUGCCUCACUCUGGCAUAGUGUAUCAUUUUUAACCAUGGCACAGCAUUGGGUAUCAUAGCAUACUUUUAGCGUAGCGCCAUGUCAGCACUCAACUGCAGUUGUCCGUGGG